AUGUUCAAGCUGCAUGGUAGGGAGGAUCCUACUCGCCAGUUCCUAGUCACACAACUACUUAAGGGAGCGCGCAACAAGGCCCAACGGCUCCCCGCACGACGAUUGCCCGUGACCAGACGACUACUGCAUCGACUACUGGGGGCCCUGCGAGGUGUCUGCUGCUCGACUUACGAGAAGACCUGCUACCGAGCGCUCUUCUCCCUCGCCUUCUACGCCUGCCUCCGGCCAGGGGAGGUGACCUAUACGGGGAAGGGGCAACACACGCUACGCUUGGACCAGUUAACUUUAUCGCGGACAGGGAUCGACAUCGCGUUUGCCUCCUACAAGCACAGUGCAGGGCGUACCCCAACUUUAACCCUGAGUGCAGACCCCUAUAGCAAGUACUGCCCGGUCCGUGCAAUAACGAACUACAUAAGACGACGGGGCAUGGAACCAGGACCUAUCUUCCUAGGCGAAUCGGGCGCCCCGGUCACCAGACAAGAUUUCACAUGGGUGCUCCGUGCUGCCGUUCGAGCACUAGGCCUGCCUCCAAACGAUUAUGCUCCUCACUCCUUCAGAAUCGGCAGGGCCACGCAGAUGUCCAAGGAUGGCCUGGCAUCGGCAGCAAUCAGAGCAGUCGGCAGGUGGAAAAGUGAUGCAUUUCACUCCUAUGUCAGGCAAGACGUCAUUCCAUUACCUAGAUUAGUUACUUCUGUGGCCAGCGGGCACCUCGCCCUUCGGGGGGUGGGGAUCCGGCUUCGCUGGCCUGCGGAGUGGGGGUGCUGCGCCGGAUCCCCAAGUCUAGGGCUGCCCGCAGCUACUUACCAUAUGUCAAGUGCUCUCUUGUAG